AUGGGCAGCGCGAUAAGCGGUCCUAACAGACCCCCUGGCCCACAAGAUGGCUCUCCUCAUACGAUCAACCAGAGCUACACCGCAGACCACUGUGCCACGAACAGCCAGACAGUUACCAUGAACAUCACUAUCAUUGCGACUAUGCUAGGCCAGAAAGAGCAGGAAGAGCCCCCCUUAUAA